AUGCCCGAAGCACCUCUCUCGGCAAGCCUCGCGGAGGCGAGGCCGGAGCAGCAAAAGCAACUCCUGGGCGAGCGCCUCGCGGAGGCGACGCCGGAGCAGCAAAAGCAACACCUGGGCGAGCGCCUCGCGGCGGCGACGCCGGAGCAGCAGACGCAAUUCCUGGGCGAGCGGCUCUACCCCCUCAUCCAAGCGCAGGCGCCCACCGUGGCCGGCAAGGUGACAAUCACGCUUCUCAAGAUGGACAAUGGGGAGCUGCUCAACCUGCUCCACUCGCCCGACGCGCUCAACUCAAAGAUCGUUGAGGCCGUCACCGUGCUUGAGGGCGAUCCCGCUGCGAGGGCGGAGGCAGAGGCGGCGUGGCGGCUUGAGCUGUGCUGCCGCAUCUGCUUCGGCGAGGACAGCCGCGCCAACCUCGUCCGACCUUGCGCCUGCUCCGGCUCGAUAGCGUAUGUCCACGACGGCAUAGUGCUACAGAUACACCCCGACUGCAUCAGCACAGGAAUGUUUCUCGCAGGCUACAUGCCCACCCCGGGCGACUCGGUCCUCUUCUGGGCUCUCAUCGAGCUGCUCGGCCUCGCCGGCACGCUGCGCAAGCUGUGGCUCGGGGGGGAGGGGGUCCAACUCUUGCUGCUGCGCCGGUUUGGCGGAGUGCGGACGGUCGACCUCCGCUUCUACGACCACGAGCUGCGGACGUACAUGUGA